AACAGAAGGGGCUGAUUGAGUCAUUUAGCGCUAUCAAUGGCUACUCAAGUAGGACGAGGGAAAUUAGAUGCAUGGAUCUAGGUGGCGAAGCUCUCGGUUCUUACCAGGCUCGCCAAGGAGGCUGCACGCACAUACAGUUUUUCAAUCAGUCUGAACAUAUUAAGUGCACUGGGUGCGGCAUGGAGUUUUCGAAAGUAAUGCUUCGCCAGAAUGCCUACAUCGAGAUCAAAGGCCUCCCUUCCUAACCCCUCCGACGCCUGAUGACCAUUCUCUCCGCUAUGAUCGCUAUCCUCGUUGCGCUGUGGAACAGCUAUGAACAGCUAUGCCUGGAAUAGA